AUGUCUGAAUCAACUCAAAAGACGGAUACAGCACCAGAUAACACGGCAUCCGAUACGAAAAUGGCAUCAAAGACCUCAAAGCGCAAGGCGCCCGAGGAAAAGUCAACCACUAUUCAUUUUACUUCUCGCAAUCCACCAUGGACCUACCUGAAGCUUCAACUUAUUUCUCACUCUGAUACCCCGUCUAUUCAAACCCUUGAUGCCCUUUCCGCCCGCACAUAUCUCUCCGCUGCGCUUUCACAAUUCCUCGGUCUCACGGGUACUGCUAUCCCUGUCGAUAUUCUGAAAGUCGAGCCUGCGCCCUCAGGUACUACUACAAGCCCGCAAAAUCUUUCCUCUACAAUGACAAAGAACUACAAUUGUGUUUGGGUGCGCAUUCCACGCGAUGAUGCAGCUGCUGUUGUGGCUGCUUUGAGCUCUUGGGUUGGCAGUGGUGGAAAUGGUGCGAAUAUUGCAUGGAGGGUCUGUGCAAAGGGGAAUUUCUUAGGUGCUUUGGUUGCUGGGUCUGGACGAGAGCUUUUCGUUCCUUAG